GGAAGUUGCUGGAACUUCCGUAAAGCGGACAAUGGGACUUUUAGUCUGGGAACAUUGUGUAAUGAGUGUUUGUUACUGUGUGUUGUCUUAAUAUUUCCAUGCGUGUGAACGCUGCCAUGAUAACGCUAUGACUGUCAUUAUAUUGUCAUGACUGUUGUGAUUAGCUAGUUGCUAGUUGCUAGGCUAAGUCGGCGCACAACUCGUCCCGUCCUGGUUGUCGCUCGCUAGCUUAAACGUCUUCAUCAUGUGGGUUUUCGGCUACGGGUCUCUCAUAUGGAAAGUUGAUUUUCCUUAUGAGGAUAAACGGGUUGGCUACAUCAAAGGCUUCAGCCGUCGGUUCUGGCAGGGCAGCACCGACCACCGGGGGGUUCCGGGCAAGCCUGGACGGGUCGUCACACUGGUGGAGGAUCCUGAGGGGUGUGUCUGGGGCGUUGCCUACAAGCUGCCGACAGGGCGCGAGCAGGAAGUGAAGCACUACCUCGACUACAGAGAAAAGGGCGGUUAUCAGGUCAUCACAGUGGCCUUUUACCCCCGUCCACCCCUGACUCCUUCACCCAGCCAGACGCUGCUCUACAUUGGCUCUCAGGACAAUCCCAACUACCUCGGCCCUGCUCCUCUGGAGGAAAUUGCCAACCAAAUCAUCAGCUCUACUGGUCCAAGUGGAAAAAACACAGAGUAUCUGUUUGAGUUGGCUGAUGCUGUGAGGGCUAUUCUGCCAGAGGACAGAGACCCUCACCUGUUUUCCCUAGAAACAUUAGUGAGAGAAAGGCUGCAGGUGUAAAUUUUGAUUGUUGUACCUGUCCUAUUAUCUGUACCGGUCUGGAUAUGUCAGAUAAUCUCAGGGUUUAAGUUAUGCAUACGGUACACAAACACAUGCUGGUAAAAAUAUUUCACACUGCAAAUACCACGUACUUAAAGCUGCAUAAAAAUACGUCCAACAAUAUACAGUAGAGAUUUGGCAUAUAACUGGCAUACAUGUUACGUGAUCAUACAGUAGAUCCACUUCGGUUUUACUUCUUGUUUAAGCACAAAGGAAGACUGUCUUGAAUGAAUAAAUAUAGUGAGUAAAUAUG